AUGUCGGCAUCCCUCGUCACCGGAGGCACGGGCUUCGUCGGCCUCUACGUGGUCAAGCUGCUCCUCGAACGAGGCCACCAAGUCCACGCCACCGUCCGCUCCCUAAAAAACAAGUCCAAGUGCAAGCCGCUGCUAGACCUCCAGACUCAGUUCCCCGAUCAGCUCCGCUUGUUUGAGGCCGACCUGAUGAAAGCCGGCUCCUUCACCGAGGCCAUAAAGGGCUGCCAGGUUGUUUACCAUGUCGCCUCACCGUUCCUCCUGCCCGACCAGAUCAAGGACGGGUUCAAGGACUGCGUCGAGCCUGCACUCCGGGGCACCAAGAACGUGUUGGGUUCCGUCAACGAAACGGAGACGGUCCAGCGAGUAGUCCUCACCUCAUCCGUCUCCGCCAUGUACGGCGACAACGCCGAUGUGCUCAAGGCCCCGAAGAAAACCCUCAUCGAGUCGUGCUGGAACGAGAGCAGCAGCGUCACCCACUACCCCUACGCCUACUCCAAGCUGGUGGCCGAGCGGGAGGCCUGGAAGAUGCACGACCUCCAGGGCCGCUGGUCCCUCGUGGUCAUCAACCCCGGCCUGAUCGUGGGUCCGUCCCUGACGCCCGACUCUGUUUCUGGCAGCUUGCACAUGCUGGACGCAAUGUACCGCGGCGAGAACCGCAUGGGCGUCGCCGACCUGUCCUACCCCGUUGUCGACGUGCGGGAAGUCGCCGAGGCCCACGUCAAGGCUGGCGAGGACGCGGCUCUCAAGGGCCGGUUCAUCGUCUCGGGUGACCGCGCCAUCUCGUUGCUGGAGAUGGCCAGCCUCGUACGCCCCGUACACAAGAACCCCAAGGCGCUGCCGCGCUGGAACCUCCCCGCGCUGAUGGUCUACGCUGCCGGGCCCUUCAUCGGCAUCACGAAGAAGUGGUCGGCUGCGAACCUCAGCACCCCCUUCAAGGUCGACAACCAGAAAAGCCUUCGGGAGCUGGCCUUAAAGUACCGCCCCGCCGAGGAGAGCUUCCAGGCGCACUACAAAUCCUGGGAGCAGGCGAAUGCAUGA